AUGUUUCCUGAUGACGCCGAUAUCGAUAUCUUUGCUCCGCUUCCUGCUGUGCCCGAUGACGAGCAAACCUCCGCUCUCAAAGACAAGAUUCAAGAGCUCUGUGGCGGUAUGCAAGGGCUCAUCGAUUCAGCUCCUGCCGAAAACGAGGGCACGCUGUGUGUCGAAAAGGAAGAAUGGUGCCGGCGCUGGAUACAAAUUCUAAGUACACUGAACGCUUGCCUGACGGUCGCAAGGAAGAACCGCCCGCCGCUCGACUUGACGGUCGCACAAAGGCAGUUGGGUGGCAAAGUCCAGCUGAAACAUCAGGCCUUUCAGCGCGAGAUCAGCAAAAUGAAGGACGCUGUCGCGAUGCAGGCAAGUGCUGCUGCUCAGGCGAAGGCGCCAGCCGGACCUGACGAGCAGCAACACUCGCAAACCACCACUGAUCCAAUGGAAACUUGCCCGCAAGAGCAGGAGCAACCACAAGAGGAGCAAGAGGAGCAUGAGCAGGAGCAAGACCAUGAAUCGGACGCGGAUGAGGAGGAGCGGGAGGCUGUCGAGAUGUUGGCCACAAAGUCGAUUGUGGUCCAGCGAAUGAAGCAGAGUCCGAUCCCCGUCGAGUCAGACACAGAGGGCUCGAUAACAUUCAUGUCUAAGAAGGCCAAGAAGUUCACGUCGCCCAUGAGCGCCGCGACCCCUAAGGUCAAUCCGGUCUCAUGUGCCCGUUGCAUUGAGGGGGACCGCAAGUGCUAUAGCAAUCCUGCGGGAAUGGUUUGCCUCGAAUGCAAGCGGCUCAAGGCCGGAUGUUCGCUCGUCGCUGAGAAAGGGAAGACGACGGCGACGGCCACUCCGGCUCCAGCGGCUCCCCAACCUGCGGCGGCUCCUACAGUGCCCAAGACCACCGCGACUCCCAAGCCUCCCAUGGCUCCAACGGCACCCACAAUCACCGCGGCUCCUAGGCCCAGACCUGCCCCAAAGUCUGCGCCUGCACCCGAGGCUAAGGACAAGGGACAUGGCAAGGCCAAUGCCAAAUGCACGGCCUCGCCAACACCUCAGCCGGUUGCCGGCAUCUCACACACAACACCCGAGGCUAAGGACAAGGGAAAGGCCAAGGCCAAAUCCACGGCCUCUCCAACACCUCGGCUGAUUGCCGGCCCCUCGAACGCAAUUGGUCCAUGCGUCCACCUGAACAGCAGUCACAAGAGGAAGCAGGCCGAUAACGAGGGGGAGGAACAUUCAGAGAGCGCUAAAGAGGAUGCUUAUUUGGCGGGGAGGAUUCAAGCGCUGCCUGGCUUGAUCUCCAUGGUUGAGACGGCCCUUGCGUCGCCAAGCUUAGACGGAUUUGAGGAGAGGCCGUCGAGCUCCAUUACAAUCGGCACCGGAACUGGCAGUUGGCCGAUGGGGAAGAUAAGAUAA